ACAUGUGUAAGUAAUGCUCGUAAUAUCACAAAUGAGAUAUCUCUCGAACGAGUAAUAUGGCAUUACGUAUCACCCCGAGAAACCAACCAUUACUUCAAACAUCACUCAUUACGCGAGCGCGAACGACCGGCCGAAGCGCGCGUAAUGAAUUCAAUUCGAUAUAGAUUCAAUAGAUUGACGCGCCGAUAUGAAUGAUCAGUUCAAGUCUAUAGACAGUGCGCGUAAUGUAUAAUGCCACUUGUGAUAGUGUAAUGUUUGUUUGCCAAGCCAUCAUUACUUUGUUAUCUCGUUCGCACUCCGACUCAGUGCUCGCUCGCUCUCGCUCUGCGAUGCUUUCGGCUAUCUUCGGAACAUUUCGGAUCGGUCUGCUCGCCCGAUCGCGGUUGCGUUUAAGUUGUCGCAAAUUUCACUAAUAUUAUUAGGAUUAUGAUUUUCUGCAUCUGUAAUAGAUUUGAAACUGUAAUGCGUCAGCAUAGAGCUUAUAAUGAAAUAUAAUUUUUCUUCAUAAUACGAGAAGGAUGCGGCCAAAUCAAGUAAUUUGUUUGAGAAUUUGAAUUUGACGAAAACAAAACGUUUUUUUAUUGUUGUUGUGAAAUGUUUGGUUCACUUUGGCGGCAAGUACGAGUAAAAUUACUUGUUUAUCGUUUAUUUAAUUGUGAAUUAGUGCGUACCGAGACUGAGUGUAGAAAUUCGAUUUGUGUAUAUAGACUGUUUGAACUAAAUUAUAAAUAUAGUUAAACUAAAUUGUAAAAGGUGUAAAUAAUAGUUAUUCGUUAUGACAUAAGAUUCUGUUAAUGUGUUAGUGUUGGUGAUUAUUGAUUAAUCACUUUUUUGUCGGACUAUUGGUGAUUUUCUCCCUAUUUAAAUAAAAAUGGCUUCAAAACGAAAGUUUAGUCCUCUUUGGAACCACUUUACGGAGACAGAACCAAAGCGGGCAAAAUGUACGCAUUGUUAUAAAAUACUCGCCAUAUCGGCAAGCUCCAUAGGCAGCUUGAGUCGCCAUAUGAAUACUAUUCACCCAACUAUCAACAUAAAAGCUCCUAGACAUGAACCCAUGAAUUUGGAUACAGAUGCGCCAGCUGGCCCAGCUUCUGCUGCUUUUUGUAGGGUUGCGGAGGUCGAUGAGAGCACUGCUACUGGUGAUAGUUUAGCCAACCAGGGCAGCCAGCACCAGCAAGACCAGCAACAAGUUACCCAUCCAGCAUCAUCUCGCAACUUAAUGACAGUCCCAGUUUCGGCGAGAAAUAAUAAUAGGAAUAGCAGACCUACCCCGCAUACAAUGGCUGACUACGUACGAAAACCACUACCCUUAAAAAAAAUGCAGGAGCUCGACGAACAACUCGUUAAAAUGAUAGCGAAAGGUUAUCAUGCUUUGCGUAUGGUUGACGAAGUCGAGUUCCGAAAGUUUGUGGAAAUGUUAAAUCCAGGCUACACAUUACCCACUAGGAAAACUUUAUCAGAAAGCCUACUACCAAAGGUAUAUGGCAAAAUGGUGGAAGCCGCUAGAGAACAACUGUCAAAGGCUAAGGCGAUAUGCGUCACCACCGAUGCUUGGACUUCAACGAAUGCUGAUGGUUAUAUUGCUAUCACCGCACAUUUUAUAAAUGAAGACACAGACCAAAUAUGCACUGUAAUGAUAGGCUGUAUUGAAUACCAGGAGCGACACACUGCAGCCAAUCUACAGGAUUUUUUUACUGAAAAAUUUCGGGAAUGGGAUAUUGACGGCUACGUCGGCGUCAUAGUCAGUGAUAAUGCCGCUAACAUGCUAGCUGCAAUUCGUCUUGGAAACUGGUCAAGUAUUCCGUGUUUUGCCCAUACUUUAAAUUUGGUGAUGCAAGCAAGCCUCGAUUCGAUAACAGACACCGUGACAAGAGUAAAAGCUGUGGUUCAAUAUUUCAACCGCAGUGCUCCUGGAGCGAGAAAAUUGAAAGAGCUUCAAGAGACCAUGGGUAUCGAAUCUCUUAAGCUUAAACAAGACGUAGCGACAAGGUGGAAUUCCACCUACGACAUGAUACACAGAAUGUCAAGAAUGAGAGAAGCGAUCACUUUCGCACUAGCUUUAAUGCGACCGGACUUAUCUCUGGAUCAUACAGACUGGGAUGUAAUAACAAAAGCUCUCCCCAUACUUCAUAUUUUUUAUGAAGUUACCAUGGAAGUCUGUGGGGAGAACUAUGUUUCGGCUUCAUUGUAUAUUGUGUACAACAAACUUAUCCAACAAAAACUGGAAGCAUAUCAAAAUGACGCACCAUUUUUGUCACCAAUUACCAACUUACUGGAUAAGUUAAGAUCCCAAAUGCGUCAACGAUUCAUGGACGUGGAAUCGAACACAUUGCUCUGUGAAGCAACCAUCUUGGACCCAAGAUUCAAAAAAUUUGGCUUCAUCGACAUUCUGAAAUAUGAUAGUGCUGCAAGUGCCCUGAGAUUAAAGAUUGGCGCAGUAACUCUUCCCGCGGAAGAAGCUGGAACGUCUGCGCCUAUUAAUGCGGCACCUCAAACAAGUAACCAUUAUAACCAAAACAUCAGCCGUCGUAUGGGUUCAACUCUGUGGGAUACAUGGGACACGGACAUGUCGAGCCAAACUCCGCAAAACCCGGUUGCGGCAGGAAUAGUAGAGUUUGAUAAAUAUGUCCAAGAGCCAAUUGUGAGAAGACACGAAAAUCCUUUAAAAUGGUGGAAAGAACGCCGAAACGUAUACCCCCAUUUAUAUACAUUCAUGGUAAAAAGACUAAAUAUCACGGCCACUUCCGUUCCUUGUGAACGAGUAUUUUCAAAAGCUGGUUUGACGCUAAACCAGAGAAGGACCCGAUUAACAACAAAAAAAUUGUCUCAACUUGUAUUUAUAAGCUCCAAUUAAGCAUCGUCUCGUCUAAGAACAUAUAUAAAAAAUAUAAAAAAUACAAAAAAAUUAGUUUAGAAAAAAAAAAGUGUAUAUAAGGUAUAUAAAAAAUGUAUAUAACACUGAUGUACAAAAAGAUCACUGUACAUAUAAUGUAAAUUGUAGAAAAAAAAACAUGUAAAUAAUGUAUUAUAUAAAUCAAGUUGAUUUCUAAAUACGCCAAACUUCGCAUUUAGUUUACGUAUAUAUAUAUACGUAUAUUCUACUUUUUAUCAUUCAAAACAAUUAUCGAAGUUUGCCAGUCCUAAGCCUGGAGUUCCAUUCUAUUUUGGUAAAGUAUGAAGGGAAAUCAAUUUGAAUAUAGGUAUAUCUACCUGCGAAACUUACAUACAUUACAUACCUGUAUCAUUGUCAUAUCAAUUAUAUUUAAAUAAUAAUAAAUGAUGCAUAUUUUAUUUUAUGAUUUAAAAGAAUUAACAAUAAAUCUUUCACAUAGCAGUGACAAAACGCAACGCGUAAUAAAUAGAUCGAUCGCCGAUACGAGACGCACUAGAGUCAUAAGAGUCCUGUAGAUGCGCUGCGUAAUGUAGGUGAUAGCUGUAAUGUGGCCAUCACGCGCGCGCCCGAGCGCUGUUCACGUUCGGGUCAUGUUUCGGCGUUUCGAGUGAUGAGUGAUGUGAUAUCUCAGUGUAAUAUUACGUUUUCGAAAAAGUGAUGUGUCAUCACAUUACUUUUUGAAGCACUGUUUCGCGCAUGUCUACU